UUAUUUUUUUUUUAUUAAAAUAUUUGAUAAAUUUGUUUAUUAAAUUUAUUGGUAAAAAUGAUGGAUAUGGGUGAUAUUGAGAUUGAACAAAAACCUCCAUCAAAGUGUAUGACAUUCCUGGGAAUGAUGUGGAAAUUUUUUAAAUGUAUAUUUUCACAUGUGACACUUGUAUCACUUGUCGUUGCUUACUGUGUGUUUGGAGCAUAUGCAUUUGAAAGACUUGAGUCAGAACAUGAAAAAGACGUAAAAAAAAGUAUUAAAUAUGUGAGAAAUAAUAUUACAGAAAAGCUAUGGACUAAAACAAAAGAAUUCGAAAUAUUGGAUGAUCGUUUUUGGAUAAAUAGUACUGUUGAAAUACUGAGGGAAUUCGAAACAAACUUGCUGAGAAAAAUGAAAAAAGAAGGCUGGGAUGGAAGUGAAGAUUUAAAUAAUAUACAAUGGACAUUUGCUGGUGCAUUAUUUUAUUCAAUUAUUGUUAUAACAACAAUUGGCUAUGGCCACAUUUCGCCCAAGACACAGAAUGGCAAGGUUGUAACAAUAUUUUAUGCCAUUCUAGGUAUACCCUUGAUGCUUUUAUGCCUAUCGAAUAUCGGUGAUGUCAUGGCAUCUAGCUUCAGGUUUCUCUACUGGAAAAUAUGCUGUUAUGUUUGUACAAGACCACCAAAGCCACGAAGAGUUAGAAGCAACAUACCAAGGGGUUACAGUGUUCGUCAAGUAUCUGGACGUGGACAUGGUAGAAGUGGUACAUCAUUACGUAGAUCAGUUAGAACAAGUCAACGUUCAGCUGAUUCAGCACUUGGCCUAUCUGAAAGUAUGACUAGAUCAACAGAUAUUGAUUAUCGUUAUCAACAGAGACGUUAUGAUGUUGAUACACAUUUAAAUGAUCCAAGAGUAUCAUACACAACACGCUCAACUUUACCGUCAAUGGCAUCACCACGUAAUCUUCAUUUAACAGCACCAUCAAGACAUACUUAUGAUUAUCGUGUUGCAGCAUCAACAUCACCACGUCUUGGUGGUAAUAAAAGUGGAAAAUUAAAUACUGGUGGUGGUACCAUUUCUGGUGCAACUCAAUCAUUAGACAGAAGAUUAUUUGUUGCUCAAAAUGAUGUUGAUAAAACUCCCGUUCUUUUUAACAAAUAUGCUAUUGCUGAGGCUGACUUCAAUGGGCGUGAAAUACCAAGGGAUAAAAGAGAAUUUUUAGAUGACUAUGGAGGAAAUAGAAGAUUACCAACAACAGGAUCAGAUUACGCAACUUUACCAAGAUUAGGUCAACCAAGAAAUAAUCAAAGAUGUCAUUCUGUUGAACCUCGUUCAAGUAAUUAUGAUAAAAAUAUUUAUCUUGAUACACCAAGACCAAGAAAAAUACCAGUAAUUGUUCCACGAAGACUAAGAAGUAAUCAUAAUUAUAUUCCACGUUCACAUAGAAAAGAAGCACCAUCACCAAGAAUAAUGUCACCAAUGGGUUUUGCAGUACAUCGUCAAGUAUAUGCUGAUGAUAUUGAUUAUGAUGACUAUUCAACACCAGUUGAGGAUCAAACAAUAAAACCAGUACCAAUUUGGCUUUGUGUAUUUCUUGUUGUAAGUUAUAUACUUGCUGGUGCUGUAUUAUUUAAUAGUUGGGAACAUUGGAAUUUUCUUGAUUCUGCGUAUUUUUGUUUUAUCACAUUGACCACCAUCGGUUUUGGUGAUUUUGUGCCAGCUCAUCGACUUGAAUCAGAUGUAUGGGAUUCACCACAUAUGGGAAUUGUAUUGUGUUCGCUAUAUUUAUUAUUUGGAAUAGCAUUACUUGCAAUGAGUUUUAAUCUUGUUCAAGAAGAGGUAAUAACAAAUGUUAAAGAAGUUGCAAAACGUCUUGGAAUAAUUAAAGACAAGGACAAUGAUGACGAUGAUGAUGAUGAUUAUGAUGAUGAACCAAUUGAAAUUGAUGAUAAUUAUGAUGAUGGUGCUUUUAUAUUUGAAACAAUUGAAGGUACACACAGUAGAAAAGUUGGUAAUGGAUAUGAUGUACCAUUAUCAAGAAAUGAAACAGCAAUAUUACUAUGGGAUUUAACAUACAAGGUAAAUAUAUUUUCUGAGGAAUUAUGGAAAUCAAAAGUCAAUGAUAUAUUAUCUGGUUAUCAAAAAAAAUUGGUAAAUGCUGUUGAAAAAGGAUGGGAUGGUACUGAUUCAACUGAUAAUCGUCAAUGGACAUUUGCUGGUGCAUUUUUAUAUUCACUUACAGUCAUCACAACAAUUGGAUAUGGUAAUUCAACUCCAAAAACAAUGUGGGGUAAAGUUAUUACUAUUGGAUAUGCAAUUGCUGGUAUGCCACUAUUUCUUUUAUACUUGAGUAAUAUUGGUGAUAUAUUAGCAAGAAGUUUCAAGUGGACAUAUGCACGUUGCUGUUUAUGCAGAUGUAGAAAAAGGCCACGAGUACCACGUGAUCCACGUUCAUCUGUUAGAGAACCAAAAAAAAAUACCUGGCAGAUGGUUAAAUUGCAAUCUGGUAGACUUGACACAGUAAGUAUUGAUGGUGAAAUUGAAUCAAUGUCUAAAUCAACAGGAAGUGAUGAGGACAAUGAUGAUGAAAGUGAAGAUGAUGAUGAUGAUGAGAGUGGUCGUUAUGAUCCACAAAGAAUAACUGUUCCAUUGACACUGUGUCUUGGAAUAAUGGUUGGAUAUGUUUGUGGUGGAGCAUUAUUAUUUUCAAAAUGGGAAGAUUGGGAUUUUCUUGAUGGUUCCUAUUUUUGUUUCGUAUCCUUGUCAACAAUUGGCUUUGGUGACAUUGUUCCAGGUGAUAAAAUAUACUCUGGUCAAGGUAUCGAGCUGUCUUUUAUUUUCUGCUCAAUGUACCUCAUGUUGGGUAUGGCAUUGAUAGCAAUGUGUUUCAAUCUGAUGCAGGAAGAAGUGAUGGCUAAAAUGCGAUCAUUUACGCGAUCAGUUAAACACGUACUCAGAUGUGACAGAUAAAAACAACAAGUAUAUGUGUAAACAUGCAGCUUGACAAUUGUCCAUGUAUAAUGAUGAUGAUGUUGAUGAUGAUGAUGAUGAAAAAAUAAAAAAUCUAUUGAAGAAAUAAGAGAUAAAUAAAGUGAGCAACAUAAAAAUUAAAAUGUCCAACAACACACUCACAACUUACAUAGGUAUAUAGUUUAAUUUUUUUUUUUUUUUUUGUUGUAUGGUGAAUGACCCAUUUGAUAUUCCUUUAAAAGACCAGUGACUACCUACUAUGUAUAUAUCACGACCUGACACAAUUCACUGCUUGAGAUAAAUGUACUCGAUACAAAUACUCACACAAUAUAUAUAUAUAUCAACAAUAAUACAUGUUUAAACUUUACUCACAGCUCUUCAAUAUACUAAAGUAAUUUUCUUCAGUGUUCUACUUUUCAUCAAGUCACAUUUCACAUCCCUCGUUCAUUUAAAUAAAUAAAAUAUAAAAAGCACAAACAAACAUUUCAUUCAAUCGAAACAACACAAUACACAUAUUCCAUGUACUCAAUUUAACAUUAUUUAUUAAUUUUAAAUAUAAAAGACAUCUGGUUCUGGCAUUCAAUCAAAUAUAUCUUUAA